AUGAGUAGGGUCGGAACUAUUAUUGCUAUUAUAGCAGUCUCCAUUUCACUUGUAAUAUUGUUAUUAAGUUAUGCGGGUACAAAAAUGGACGUCGAUAUACCACAAGACAAUAGUACUCGCACCGGAUAUCCCGUUUGGCAUCCUCCUUUUCCAGGGCAUUAUGGUGAAGAUCAAGAUGCAACAAUCUUUGCCUCGGUAAUAUUGAUGGCAAUCGGUGGAUAUUUUGCAUAUAAAUGGACAUUGUUUGAUACGAAUGCUAAUGAAGAGUUAGUAACAUAUAUGGUUGAUAGAGCUGCCAACAAAACUACCACCAUUUACUUUGAUCAAUUAUUAGCCGCAUACUCGUUAAUUACGGGCAUAACAGGAUUUGCAUAUCUCGCAUUUGAUAUUGGUAAAAUAUGGGCUACGAUUGGAGUGUUUCAUAAUGGUUUUGAAGUUGUUAUCUUAGUUGCUUUACAUCAAGGAGGAAGAAUCGUUUCAAACAAAUUUUUAGCUUGGAUGAUUCUUUACUUUGUAUCCACCUUAGGUUUUAGUAUCUUUUUAGAUUGGCCUUAUGACACCGUUUGGUUUAAGUUGCAGGGACUUUGUCAGGAUUUUGCGUUGGCGAUUACAUUUACGCGCAUAUAUUUUGCUACUCGUAAUGGUUAUGGGGAUGAGACUCAUCAGCGUCUUUUUGAUGUAGAAAGACCAAGAGAACACAACGGUGUUAAAGAAUAUAUUUUUGGUGAUGAUGAUAAAGUAUACUCAGGUCAACCUAUUGUUGAUUUGAAUGGAUCAUUACCACCGAUUUUAGAAUUAAAAGCAAAUAUAAUUCAAGGAAACGUCCUUACUGAAGAAAGAAUAGAUAUUACAGAUAAAAUAAUCAAUGUCAAAAAGUUAUUGACACCAUUAGCACCAUCACAAAUUCCAAUAAUUCGAUGUAUUGGGUUAAAUUAUAAAGAACAUGCAAAAGAAACAUCGCAACCUAUACCAAAAUUUCCGAUAUUAUUUAUAAAACCAUCAACUAGUUUACAGAAUCCUUUUGAUAAGAUUAAAGUACCUACUAUAGCUACUAAUAAUCAAGUUGAUUUUGAAGCCGAAUUAGCUAUAAUAAUUGGCAAAACCUGUAAAAAUGUUGAUAGAGAAGAUGCUUUACAAUAUGUCUUAGGAUAUACUGUAGGAAAUGAUGUUUCCGCUAGAAAAUGGCAAGGAAAAAAUCUUGGGUCUGGUCAAUGGUGUUUUUCAAAAGGAUUUGAUACAUUUUGCCCAAUUGGACCACAAUUAGUUUCUCCAUCAAUUAUAAAAAAUCCAAAUUCAUUAAGAAUUAGUACGAGACUUAAUGAUAGCCAAUUAUUACAAAAUUCAAAUACUUCUGACAUGAUCUUUAAUGUAGCUGAAUUAAUUAGUUUCUUAAGUCAGGGUACGACAUUACAAGCUGGUUCUUUGAUCUUAACAGGAACUCCUCAAGGCGUUGGAUUUACUAGAAAACCUCCAAUUUACCUUCAACAUAAUGAUAAAAUCGAAGCAAUUCCCUACCAAUUUCCUUCGAAAUUGUAUGCUGAUGACGCACAAGCUGUAAAAAUUCUCAACAGGAAAAUCAAGAAUUCCGCAGUUCAAUUUCUUAGUAAAUUAAGGGAUGUCGAGAUUAACGUCAACAUUGAAUUUAAGAGAAGAGAUAACAUAAUCUUUUUGCUGAGACCUCUGCAUUAUUGUAUAAAGCCAUAA